AAAAAAUGACACAUUCGAUAGGACCAAGCCCCUCCCAAACACUUACAUUUAAUGCUGUUUACUCAUCACCGACUAUACCUCUUCUCGAGUCUUUGGAAGGAAUCCUGACAGUGUAUUUGCCCGCGUGUACAAAGAUACGGGUAUCAACGCCAAGCUCUUUAUAGUAGGGAUAGCCUACAAACGAGCAGACCUGUCGUGCUUAAACAGUACAAGGACUACAUAUACAAAAAAAAAUGUUUUUUAAAGAUUUUUAAAAGACAAUUUUCUAAAGUUGAUUUUUAACAGUUUUAUUCACGAUGUUUGCUUUACCGACUUUGCACUUUACGCCGCAGCAAGUUGCACAGGUUUGUGAGACUUUGGAGGAGAGUGGGGACAUUGAGAGACUGGGCCGGUUUCUGUGGUCAUUGCCGGUAAAUCCGUCUGCUUGUGAUGCAUUAAACAAACACGAAUCUGUUCUAAGAGCACGAUCUCUUGUAUCGUUCCAUACUGGAAACUUUAGGGACCUUUAUCACAUUUUAGAAAAUCAUAAAUUCACAAAAGAAUCUCAUGCUAAACUGCAAGCUAUGUGGCUGGAGGCCCACUACCAAGAGGCAGAGAAGCUGAGGGGUAGACCGCUUGGUCCAGUAGACAAAUACAGAGUCAGAAAGAAGUUCCCUUUGCCGAGGACAAUUUGGGACGGUGAACAGAAGACCCAUUGUUUUAAGGAACGGACGAGGAAUCUUCUAAGGGAAUGGUACCUGCAAGACCCGUACCCAAACCCUACAAAGAAGAGAGAAUUGGCUCAAGCUACAGGGCUGACACCAACACAAGUAGGAAACUGGUUCAAGAAUAGGCGACAAAGGGACAGAGCAGCUGCAACCAAAAACAGACUCCAACAGCGUCAGAUGUCUGGUGAUAAACUGAGUCGGCUAGAUUCGUCAUCGCCGACGCCAGGCUCGCUCGCUUCAUUCGAUGAAGAUGACAAAAUAGACAUUGAUGAUGAUGACGAUGAUGAUUUGGAUUUAGACGAUUCUAGAAGUAGCAAUAGUUCACCCUUAUCUUCUCAUGGACAUCCUCAAAUGCCAUCUCCAUCAUAAACAAAUCGCGUCAUCAAUGUUUCAGUUUUACUUUACAUAACAAAGGCACAUGUAUGACGUCAUGAAUAUUCAAUACCGGAAGCGGAAGGAGAGUUCUUGCCAUGUAUCCGUGCUUACUGUCUGCUGUUUGUCCGCUACUCCGACGUAUGUGUAUAUACUUUUAUUUAUCCGGACAUCAGGACUAGUUGGAAUUGUUAAAAACAGGUUACGGUUUUCAACAUUUCAUUUGUUUACAAAAAUAUUUUGUAAAUGUCUUAUUUAUACUUGUGUUGUUGUAUAUAUACCAUUCAAUCAUAUUUGUCGAACAAUGGUAAAGACAAUGUGACACAGACAAUGUGACAAAGACAAUGUGACAAAAAGAAAGAAGUUGACAUGAUAUAUGAGUGAGACAAACUAUCUCGAUAUAGGUAAAUAUAUAAUUAGAUGCGAUAUAUUGAUUCAUCAGUUGUCUUUGUUCUGCUGGCGAAAUAUUAAAUCUGUAUUAAAUUUUAUUUCGUGGAGGAAGUAAUUGUCACAAUGUCAUAAAUAUCAUGUAAGCAUUUUCAUUGAAAAGUGCUGACUCUGUGUUACCUAUAUAUAUGUUUGUCAUGUGAUUUUUGCACUAUGUGGUUUACAGUUAUUUAGGUGUAUGCAUGGAGAAAUCGAACUGUUACGUCCUCGUUAAUUUUAAUUGAGAAUAAAAAGAAAACAAAUUAAA